AUGAUUAAGGAAAGCCGUCAAGUGGCAGAACUAUCUUGGAGACAAUUCGAGGAGUUUUUUAUGGAAAAAUACUUCCCAAACUCAGUAAGGCAAGAAAUGAUCCAAGAAUUUCUCCAACUAAAACAAAGAGGCAUGACUGUGACACAGUAUGCUAAUCGGUUUGAGGCUCUUUCUCGCCAUGCCACAGCUAUAGUGGCAAACAAAACAGACAAAAUAGGGCUCUUACUCUUGAAAGAGAGAAGAUGGACACUGCAAGGACCCAAGAUCAGCAGUCUAGAGCCAACCAACAAAGGAGCAGAGGACCCUCAAGGAAUAACAAGACCCUUGCCACUUCGGUACCUUAUGUUAGGGGGCCACAACAAUAGCAAGGGUAUAAUGCUGAGCAGCGUAAUGGGGAAAGGACUAGAAGGUGUUGUGAGUGUGGCCAAGAAGGUCACUUCAGGAGCAACUGCCCUCAAAGGUCAGGCUACUAAAUCAAUCAAUGAGGAGCUACUCAGCGGAACAAAUGAGCGCCAACUUAGGGAACACAAGCUGUGCAAAAUUCCCGAUCUAGUGGAGGGUGCUACCGGGAGAGUCUUUACACUCCAAGAAGAAGGAGACAAUGGAAAUCCUUCAGUGAUUCAAGAACCUGAACGAUUAGAAACACCUAUAAGUGUAGCUUCACCACUAGGAGGUCAAACUCGAGUAGAUCUCGUAUGCAAAUCAUGUGAACUAGGAGUCUCCAAUUUGCGUUUAACGUGUGACCUACGAGUCAUGGAAAUGUCAGACUUUGACGUUAUCCUAGGAAUGGAUUGGUUAUCAGCCCAUAGAGCCACCAUUAAUUGCUAUCGAAAGACGGUGACUGCUUACUCUUAG